UCAUCUUUAAGGGAAGCUCAAACCCAAUACCCCACAUCUUUCCCUGAUCCAUCGUCCAUAUCCUCUCUCUCUCUCUCUCUCUCUCUCACAGGCUGUGCGGUGUCCAAUUGCCUCGUGUGGAUGUGAAGACAGAGACAACAAGUAGUUCAGUUUCAUCUUCCCUUACCUUCCCUUCCCUUCCCUGUUGCACAAACUGCCCACCUUCAAUGUGUGAAGACAAGGCCAACAAGGUUUAAGGUCGAUAAAGGCAGGAUCUUUGGGUGUUUCUGACCGGGAAGAGAUGAGUUCAUGGUCGUCGGACCGUUUGCCGCAGUGCUUCCCUAACUUUAAGUGGAGUCGUUCCGUGGAUCCUGCCGGUCAGUUUGGAUCGGUGCUGGGGUCCUUAAUGUCGUCGCAGUCGCCUAGUUUGGGCUUCGGCUUCGGUAAGCCCGGGCUAGGGUUGCAGAGAGCGGCCAUUCCAAAUGAGUUCGAUUCGUCGAAGCUAGGUCAGUUGACUGCCGCAAGCGACCUGCCGCCGGGCUUUUCGGAGAGGGCAGCUAGGGUUUUCAGAUUUGAAGGCGAGAACGGUUUGCGUUCCAGCGAUUUUGAGCUAAAUUCAACAAUUAGUCAAUCUCUGAUGGCUAAUGGUUUCCAACUUGAGCAGUUGGAGAGCAAUAGCCAAACUCCAGGGCCAAAAGGCAUGAAAUUGGAGAUGAAAACUGCUGAAUUGGGGAUUUGCAGAGAAGAAACCUCCAUGUCUGAUACAAUAUCUGCAAGUAGAGAAGCAAGCUUAGGAGGCCAUGGAGGGAGCAAUGCAAGGAAGAGGAAAGCUCGCCCGAAGAGCAAAGAAAAGGAAGCUGUUUCUAUGGUGGCAGAUGAAGAAGAUUGCUUCUCAAAGAGACAUCGGCAAACCGAGAACAAUGCGGAGAUUGGCAAUGCAUCAGUCCGACGAAAGAUAGAGCAAAGUAAUGAUCCAGGGAAUGAUGAACAGAAGCAGGGCAAGCCCUCUGAUCCUCCCAAGGAUUACAUCCAUGUCAGGGCGAGAAGAGGCCAAGCGACCGAUAGCCAUAGCCUAGCUGAAAGAGUGCGAAGAGAGAAGAUCAGCCAAAGAAUGAAGUUACUCCAAGAUCUUGUGCCUGGCUGCAGCAAAGUAACUGGCAAAGCCGUCAUGCUCGACGAGAUUAUAAACUAUGUGCAAUCGUUGCAACGCCAAGUCGAGUUUCUUUCGAUGAAGUUGGCCACUGUAAAUCCAGAUAUAGAUUUCAACAACUUGAUGAAUCUCCAACCAAAACAUAUGAUUCAAAUUUUUGGCGCCGCACCAAGUUCAGUUUAUCCAUUUGAGAUGAUGGCUCAACAAAGCAACCCUCUCGCUUGUAUCGCGACUGAUAGAAUGAAUUUGCACAGCUCAAUCAACACAUUAGACUUCAAUGCACAUCAUCAGCCUUGCAUUAAUGGAUAUGAAAACAUUUCAUCUCAGUUAGGUGCUUUCUGGGAGGACGACUUCCAGAGUGUUGUUCAGAUUGGCAUAGGGCAAAGCCAGGAAAUUGUUUCAUCUAUGGGAUACUCACCACUGCUGCCCCGAAAUGAAAACUGAGCUCUAAACAACCAGGAUUCCAGUAGAAAGAUCCAGCUUUAUAUUCAGCCAACAUAUUUUUCUCUAUACUCUCUAUAUCUUAUUUCGAUAAAUGUAAGAUCGUAAUACUUCCAUAAUGUGGUCCAAAUAUUUUAAAGUGCCACAUUUGUGAUGUAAGAUAACAGAGGAAGAGCUGAUUUUAUUAUA